AUGGAGGACAGAAGAAACAUGGAUGGGCCCAGCGGCCGUGUGCCGUGCCACUCGACCCCGAAAAAGGCUCUGCGGCCCACAGACUUUGCCCAGUACGUACCUAUCAGUCUCCCCGGCGGUACGUCAGGUUCGACAGGUUGGGCGGGAGGCACCAGAUAUGCACGUAGCCUCAAUACGUACUGUAUCUCCUGCCGCCGCAGAGCACCUACCUCACGACUCUUCCUCGCUGUUUCUCCAUCUGUGGCCUUGGCCUGUGUGAGACCUGUGCACACACUCUCUCUCCCCGACUUUUAUCUUGCCACGACUCAUUCCCGCCCCCCGGCACCUUAUCCAGAGCUUAUCCAUCCUCAUAAUCACGCAUUUCCAUCGUACGGAGUCUUCGUAGAGAGCACCUACCUUUUUCUCUCGCCCACCUCAGCACCAGACCACCGCCCCUUCUCCCAAUUCAAUUCUCACGUCGCCUCGGUACCUCUCCCACCCGUGUACGCCCACACAUUACAGUGUCUAUCUUCCCCAUCCCUUGCGCUUGACGCCGCUGUCAGUCGGGUACCCUCGCACUGCUCCAAACGGCCUGCAUAUGCGAGAGAUGGCUGCAUCCUUCCUCCGCCUACCUUGCACGUACAUAUUGCGGUACAGCCUGGCUACGCACACAAUCUCUUUCUCUCUCUCUCUCUCUGCCUGAGACAGACGCAGACGCCCCCCUUCACUUGGUUGCUGUCGCAAUUCGACUCUCACACCUUGACCCCUGACGGAACCCCCUCCUCUCCUCUCCUCUCCGAGGACACCUCAGCCAUGAUCCCCCUCCAGCCUGGCGACGAUGGCGGCGGCGGCGACCGGAUCCCAUCGAGCUAUUUGCAGGUCCCAAGCAGAGCCCACAGGUGCACCCGCGUCAUGUGUGUAUCCUGUAUCUGCGGCUUGGUCCACACGCGCACGAGAGCACUACUUGUACACUACUGCGAGAGAAAAACAGCGUGCGUGCACCACCUGCUCAAACCGGUCCAACUGAAGAACUUCGUAUCGAGAAGCUUUUCCUGCUGGACUCAACCACCGAUCCGCCAUGAUCUCUGCAGAUUGCGGCUCGCCCACAGGUCCAUUCGGUACGGUGGUUUCGAAGAAGCCGACGAACCACCAUGCCCAUCCCAUCACGAUCAUCAGGCGCUGAAACCGAAGAUCUCAACCGGGGGAGGUGUGACGGGAGAAGACAGCAUGCCAGCCAGAACGCCAGCGACAGGAACACCAGCCCGCGCAAGAGAAGGUUGCGGCACGGAUGAAGUCACAUUGGCGUCCUGA